AUGCAGAAUCCAAAUCAACCACCCAAUGACGGGUUAUUCGCCGCUUGGUUGGCCUGUGCCAAUGGCGGUGAUGACACCGCUACGGCUGGUACUAGUAUGCAACUGCAACCGCAGAGCCAUCAACUUAACCAGCCCUUCCUUCCGCAUGCGCAGCAAAACCUGAACCAGCAACCUCUCAUGCCGCUGGCAGUGGAUACUGCUACUAGUAACACUCACAACGGCCCGGGGGCAGGUACCGGUACCGGUAGCAUGGCCAACCUGAACCCCUACGCUGUAGCUCCUUCUAACGCCGCUUCCAACCGGUCUCACCAGGGUGUCGUAAGGCGGGGGUCUCACCAAGAAGCCUUUCUCGCCAGCCUUCUUGGUCCCAUCCAGAAUCUUGCUGCUUCUGCGGGAAACUCCAACCCCGGCUCAAGCAACGCAUUCUCCUUGAACAAUAACGACUUGUUCUCGUCGUCGUCUGCAUCUGAUCAACUCCAAAUUCAAAACCAGAAUCAGAACCAGAACGUGGGCUUCCCAGGCAACCUUCAGGACACCCAAAGGUUUGCAAACGCUAACGUGGGACGACAGAACUUGGGCGAGGGCUUCGGGGUGAACGACAGAUCCAUGAUGAUGGGGAACCAACACAUUGACUACCAGCCCCUGAGGUUGGCUUCUUCGUCCAGCAGCAACGUGUUCGGUCGAUCAAUGGCUGGAUCUAGCCACUCUGAAGACACCGCUUUUGCCCGUAUGCCAAGCUUGAACGACCCGCAGCCAGCUAUUCCCUCCUUUGCCGCCGCAGCAGCAGCCAUGCCCGUGCAACCACAGAACGCUUCCAACUUCCGCCGUCCUCAAAGCUUCGCCCGCAGUUCCAUCUCCUCCUCUUCCUCCUCCGCUCAACAAGACAACGCACUGCUCUUUGGAACCAACCAGUUCCGCAGUAGCAGCAGCAGCAGCAACCCAUUGUUUGACAGUCCUCUGCAAGCAUCGUCGUCGUCGUCGCAUCAGCACCCCAGUAGUAUGCAAGCUCAACUCGAGCAGCAUUCUUUGCAACUCCAACUCCAACUCCAAGAGCAACAAAGGCGUCAACUCGAGUUGGAUCAGCAAUCUCUUCAGAACGAACUGCAGCAACGACUCCAACUGCAAGAAAUGGCCCCCGCAGGUCAGCCGUACCCCGAACCCGGACAGCUUCCCAGCUUUAUGGCUACCAACACGGCGCCGAUCGACACCACGAUACAGGGAGCAACACCUCAAGUCCUACCGCCGGAAACCGCAUGGAAGGGACGCGGUCGAAGCUCAACCUUUCCUCUCAAACUGCACCAGAUGCUCUUGGACCUCGAAAAGAAACAAGGCGGCACCGAAAUCGCCGCAUUCCUGCCACACGGACGAAGCUUUCAGAUAUUCAAACCCAAAGAGUUCUCACGAGAGGUCUUGCCCCAUUACUUUCGAAUGAGCACAUUCAGCAGUUUCCAGCGACAGCUGAAUCUGUACGACUUUCAGCGCAUCUCCGAAGGACCCGAAAAGGGAGCCUACUGGCAUGAACUCUUCCUCAAGGAUCAGCCCAUGCUCAGCACUGGGAUGAAACGGAACAAGGUGAAAGGAUCCACCCGCGCACGACAAGAAGAACGCUUCAAGCACUAUAGCCAUCAGCAGCAAAGCCAACAGCAGCAGCAAGGUCAACAGCAACAUCCCAAGGCGCCUCCUCGCUCCUCGUCGUUCUAG